UUCCUCCUGCGCUCUGCUCUGCUUUGCUUGCUUGGUCUACUUCCCCAACUCCCCCCGAAAAAACAAUCCCAAGCGGCACCCACACGGCCAUGGCCGCCCACCCCUCCUCCCCUCCCUCCCCAAACCCUAGGUAGCAGCACCAUCACCACCACCACCGCGGGAGCCUCCCUGCCUCGCAGGUCCCUGAGCCUCCAGCCCGGCGCCGAUCUGAGCCCCCGCCGCUAGGUCUCUCGGGAGGGGAAAGCGCGUCUUUUUUUUAGCCUUUGUCUUUUCGGCUGUGCUCGGUGGGAACUCCCGAGCUUCGGCGUAGCAUUUCUCGGGGAGGGCGGGGAUGGAGCCGCGGGUUGGGAACAAGUUUCGGCUCGGCCGCAAGAUCGGCAGCGGCUCCUUCGGGGAGAUCUAUCUCGGGACAAAUAUCCAGACCAACGAGGAGGUGGCGAUUAAGCUGGAAAAUGUGAAGACAAAACAUCCUCAGCUGCUCUACGAAUCAAAGAUUUACAGGAUUUUGCAAGGAGGAACUGGAAUCCCAAAUGUCAGGUGGUUUGGUGUAGAAGGAGACUACAAUGUCUUAGUCAUGGAUUUGCUGGGGCCAAGUCUGGAGGAUCUAUUUAAUUUUUGCAGCAGAAAAUUAUCUCUCAAGACUGUACUUAUGCUUGCCGAUCAGAUGAUAAAUCGAGUGGAAUUCGUCCAUUCCAAGUCAUUUCUGCAUCGAGACAUUAAGCCAGAUAAUUUUCUCAUGGGUCUUGGUAGGCGGGCUAAUCAGGUCUAUGUUAUAGAUUUUGGUCUUGCCAAAAAGUACAGGGAUACCUCAACUCAUCAACACAUCCCAUACAGAGAGAACAAAAACUUGACUGGGACAGCAAGAUAUGCAAGUGUGAACACUCAUCUUGGCAUUGAACAAAGUCGAAGAGAUGACUUGGAAUCUCUUGGAUAUGUUCUUAUGUACUUCCUACGGGGAAGCCUUCCUUGGCAAGGUCUGAAAGCAGGAACGAAGAAGCAGAAGUAUGAGAAAAUCAGUGAGAAAAAAGUUGCAACAUCAAUUGAGGCUCUGUGUCGUGGGUAUCCUACUGAGUUCACAUCAUAUUUCCAUUAUUGCCGCUCGCUUCGGUUUGAUGACAAGCCUGAUUAUUCCUACCUUAAGCGACUGUUCCGUGACCUCUUUAUCCGUGAAGGUUUUCAGUUUGACUAUGUAUUUGACUGGACAAUACUGAAGUACCAGCAAUCUCAAAUUGCUAGUGCCCCGCCUCGUGUUGCGGGCCAUGGUGCAGGACCUUCUGGGUUGACACCACCUGUAUUGCAGAAUGAUAGUCAAUCUGGUGCCGUUGAAGGGAGGAUUAGUGGUUGGUCAGCAAUGGACCGACGUCGUGCCCCACCACCCAUUGCAAGCGUGGGGACUUCAAAUAAGCAGAAAGCCCCUGUAGGAAAUGAUGCUCCUAUUUCUAAAGACCCUGCGAUAUCUGGCUUGAAUUUUUUGGGGCGGUCAAGUGGAUCGUCAAGGAGAGCUGCUGUUUCAAGUAGCCGGGAUGCUGUGGCAAGCGACACUUUUGAGCCUUCACGAUCACGCACGACUGAUGCAAGCCCUGGUGCAUUCCGUAGAACCUCAGGUGCUCAGAGAAGCCCACCGGUUGAUUCUGCAGAACCACAGCGUUCCUCUUCGGCCCGGCACUCAUCUAACCCGAAGAACUACGAGUCUGCCCUCAAAGGAGAUGCUACGAGGAGGAUGUGAAGUGCUAUUGCCAGAUGAUGGGGUGGUGGUCUUCUGGACACGGUAAAUAAGUGGUCAGCCCGAGGCACAAGGAAUGUAGCUCUCAUAAUUUAAUGUGAUUGGGGUGCUUCUGUAAAUGUCUUUAAUCUUUAUAGUUUACUAUGUGGCGCUUGUCGAGUUUGUUGUAUUAUUUCUAUUCCUUACGGUGCGCCUUGUCCAGUUGCCAUUGUCUUGGCACAGCCAAGUGCAGCUUGUAGGACUUUGUCUUUGGAAACUGGAACUUGACCAUGUAGAAUUUUUUCGUCGGUUCAUCGAACAAAUUACAAAUUUGGCUGGUAACAUUUCCUGACUAUUAAUGUGCCUUUGAGGAGCAA